CUUAGGUCGAGGUAAUGAACUACCUUGUCGGAAAAGGAAAAUAUCUUGUUUAUCCUUACGUAUGACAUACGUAGAAUUGCUAGUCAGGUUGUAACGCAGGAGAAUACAAACAUGAAGAAAAUGGCGCGCGCAUCAAUUGCCUCUCGGCCAUCAACUCCUGUGGCGCGGUGGCGUGCGACCUGUGCGCGUUGGCGGGCGGGGCAUUGUUUGUUUUGCGGUUUACUUGGGGCCGCUUGCAGUUCCUACGCACUUGGGGGGCACUACUGGUCUCCAGGCCGGCCGCGUGGCCGAUCGCGUUCUCGUUCAUGUUUAUCUAUGCGAACUGGCGACGCCCGGCAAGCACGGCGCCGCUCUCCGACGGUGGCGGCCCGCAAUACUAGCACCACUGGCAGAAGAACCAGACAGGCAGCCCGGCGCCUGCCAGAGUUCCUGUUGCGAAACGCGUAG